AUGGCUGGCAAUGACUGGCCGCCAUGGGAACGUUUCAAUGAUUGGGUGCAUUCGAUCUGUGUGUGGUCACAUUCGAUUUGGAGUUGGGACAGGCUCUUGAGAUUUUCUAGUGUUGUGAUCUACCCAGGUGACGCAGUUCUGAGCACGCAAGAAAAGACGAAUAUCUGCUACUUGGCAUUCCCGGACUCGAACAGUGGUAAUACCAAGGACACGAAUUUCCAUUUCCGCAUAAGAAGAGGAACGACUGAAAUCACUUCCUCUCAAAGGACACUCUUAGAGUGCUCUUCCCAUGCGGCUUCAUUUGAUCCCAGCUAUCUUUAUGGAUUUGUGCAUUUUCGACAGCAAAAAGAUGCUUCCAUUCAUCGUGGAUACUAUCAGAAGAGCCUUGUGUUGAUCACGAUUCUACCUUUCUUCAAUCUUUUCUCUCUAGUUAUCGAGAGAAUCGCUUUGCAGUUCUUCGAAAACGGAGAGCCUGCUAUUGAAGCUGGUAGGUUAUCUUUCACAGCUUUCCUUCUAUUCAUUCCAGCUAUCUCAUUUGUGUUCUUUCUUGCUAAAUCGGUUCAAUUAUAA